GAGGAGUAAACACAAAAAAGUUUAUUGAUGGUGCCGAUUUAUGCAAAUAUGAAUUGAGUUAUAUUGUUACGACAGUAAAAUAGUGGCAUGAAAUACAAAAUGGAGUGGAAUCAAACAUUACGGAAAUAUUUAAGUUCUAAACAAGGUGCGAUUCGUCCAUCAUCUUAGUUUAAGCCAUUUGCUUGGAAGGUAUCGGGUGCCUGGCCCCAGUUUCAAUAUAUUUAGUUUUUGUUCUUUAUUUCCUUUAAAUUCGCAAUUAGUGUAAUCUUUAGAAAUCUCAAGAAUAUAGCAGAUUGUUAAUAUCCCUCAGCUUUGAAGAAAAAAAUAUGUUUGCAAUUAAGAAUUUAUCAAAAGAAGUUGACAGUGAAGAGGAUAUCUUUACUGAGUUGUACAAGAAGUACAAAGGACUGGCCAAUGAUUUCCAGAAUGUCCCCAGCUUGUAUGUAAAGCUUCCUACAGAGGAUGAGCCUAUAUUGUUGAAACUGAGAGAGGAGUCUAGGGCAAUAUUUUUGCAAAGAAGGAGUCGUGAACUGUUAGACAAUGACGAAUUACAGAAAUUGUGGUAUUUGUUGGACAAGCAUCAUACCCAACCUUUGUUUGGGGAGGAGCAGAUGAUUAACUAUGGAGAUUUUGUGAAAGUUGGUGAAGAAGCUGGUUACAAAUGUCGCCCUUUCUUCAGAGCUGUAGUGUUUGGCAAAUUACUUCAAACAGAUCCAUAUGGCAGAAUAUCAAUCAUGCAGUUUUUCAACUAUGUAAUGAGAAAGGUUUGGUUGCACCAGACAAGAAUAGGGUUGUCACUCUAUGAUGUUGCUGGUCAAGGAUAUUUAAAAGAGUGUGAUCUAGAAAAUUAUAUCUUAGAACUCAUUCCUACACUGCCUCAGCUGAAUGGUUUAGAGAAGUCUUUCUACUCAUUUUAUGUGUGUACUGCUGUCCGGAAGUUCUUUUUUUUCCUCGACCCAUUACGAACUGGCAAGAUAAAGAUCCAGGAUAUACUUGCCUGUAGUUUCUUAGAUGAUCUGUUGGAGUUACGUGAUGAAGAGCUGUCUAAAGAGAUGCAAGAGUCAAACUGGUUCUCUGCUCCAUCAGCUCUCCGAGUGUACGGCCAAUAUCUGAACCUGGACAGAGAUCGCAAUGGUAUGCUCAGCAAAGAAGAAUUGGCCAGGUAUGGUACAAGUACACUCACCGAUGUUUUCUUGGAUCGUGUAUUCCAGGAAUGCUUGACCUAUGAAGGUGAAAUGGACUAUAAGACAUACCUGGAUUUCAUUUUGGCCAUGGAGAAUCGACGCGAACCUCAAGCACUUAGAUAUCUGUUCCGAAUCCUUGAUUUAGAGCACAAAGGAUAUCUGAAUGUGUUUUCUCUCAACUUCUUCUUUAGGGCAAUACAAGAACAGAUGAAGUUACAUGGUCAGGAACCCGUGUCUUUUCAUGAUGUGAAGGAUGAGAUAUUUGAUAUGGUGAAACCAGAUGACCCAUUUAAACUGACACUACAAGAUUUAAUCAAUAGUGGCAAAGGUGAUACAGUUGUCAGUAUUCUGAUAGACUUAAAUGACUUUUGGACAUAUGAAAACCGCGAGUAUCUGGCCCCAGAGAUGACUGACGAAGCAGAAAUCUGAACAAAGCAAUAUUAAAUCAAUACGUGUUUUCUUAUGAGUUUACUCAUUGUGAAAUAGUUGCAAAGCAUUACUGCCAUUGGAAGGUUUACAAAACACAAGACAAUCAGGAUGUACUGAUGUGAUAUUUGUGUGAGACUUGUCUCAUGUUUUAACAUGUAUUUUAUUGUUUAAUAGCACUCUGUGAGCAUAGCAUAAAAUAUGGAAGUACUAGCCAAAAAAAUGUGAUCAUGUUUUAUUAUGUAAAUUUUAGUUUGUGGGAGCAAACCAUGGUGCUACAAAUAGUUCAAUGCAGACGGUAAAAGCACAAGUAUAUUAAACAGCUAAUGUGGUUAAUCUGCUUCUGAAAAAUUGUUGCCGAUUUUAUCAUAAAGAAGUAACUUAGCUGUUAAUAUAUUUGUAACAUCUUUCCACAAAUUUUGUGGUUAAGUCAUUACAAUAGCUAAAGAAUCGACUACAGUUUGUAGUACUCACUAUCAUUCCCUAUUCUAACCAGUGUUUUACAUCUGACAUGUGCUAUUCAGUCUGUAAGAAAAUUCAUAUAACUCAUCUCUUGUGACCAACCAGUAGUGUCUUGUGGCAAGCAGGAUUCUUCUCUCAUUAUCUAGACAAUGUUUGUCUAUAAAUUAACAUACCUCAUGCAAGUGAUGAAAGAACCCCCUUUUGUCAGUUAAUUUCCUUCUUUUUUCCACCUUGAAAUAAUUAGCCAUAAAAUGUACUAGUUCAUUAUGAAAAUAAACACCCUUGAAAAAUUCUUGAUGACAAACAUGGCAUUGAUAUUCUAAAGGCAAAAUUUAUGCAAAAUUGUUUAUAAAAAUAUAUACUUUUUUACAUUUAUGUUGGAUUAUGUUAAAUAGCUUAAUCCUGUAUAGAUACUUGAACUUCAUAGCUCGGUUACGGAAAGCUUGCAUGGAUAUUUUAUAGCACUUAAUUGUGAUAAAACCUAUGUGAUUGUCUUCUUUUUUUUAAUCCAAAUCUAAUGAUUCAGUAUUUUGAUAUGCAGUGACUAGUACACUCCAGGGCUAUGUUUUAUGAAGCAAUUUUAGUAUUAAAAUCACCUGAAGUGUCUACGGUAGUGACCAUAAUGUUUUCCUACAAUCUACUAAAUGACUACAAUCUAAUUUUAAUAUUGCGAGUGCAUAUUAACACCCAGAUAUCAAAAUGGCAAAUUUAAUUUUGCUAUGCCAGGAACAUUUAUAUUGUGAUAGAAGCAUGCAUAUAGCUACUCAAGGAACUAAUAUCACAUAUUGGAUGCCACAGCAUGCUAUUAUGCAACUGUUGCACAGGUUUUGGGCAGAUUUGGAGUCGAUGUCCAACUGCUCACCAAAAUUAUUUUCCUAGAUCAGUUCGCCAUGAUAAAAAAAGCUAUUUGCUAAACAAACCUACAAAGUCUGGUUAAUAUUUACAAAUCAUACUAAGAUCUUCCUAACAGCAAUGUGUGCUUCAAAGGAAAAUAACUCUUUAAGUGGUUACUACUAAAAAAAAUUUAUUUCAAUUCAAAGAUUUUAACCUUAGAAUCAUUAUUGUAGUAAGUUGGCAUUUACAAUUGCAUUAAAAUCACCAAGUUUGAUAGUACCUAAAAUUGUUUUAUAAAACAGGGCCUUGGUUUUACAUUUCUUUAUAAUACUGUAUUGUGAAUUUGUAUGUAUACAAAGGAUAAUAAUUUCAGUGAAAAAAAAUUUAACAGUUAUGAGCUUUAGCAAGUGACAAAUGAAAAUAAUUUCACUUGGGAUAUAAUGUUAAAAAAAAAGUGUCAACUGACAUGAUUAUAACCUACAGCACCAAUUCACAUGUCAUUUAACAGACCAUGACUUUAACAUCUUGUCUACCAGGACAUUACUUAGGUUUAACAAUAACUGGUACCAGGGCCCAUGCUUUUAAAACUUUUAAGAGUCCAGACUCAAUCUCAAAUGAUGUCACAUGAAUGCAAUUUGUAUGGCGUUGCCGUGAUGUUACUGUCCCAGACUCUAUUAGUCUCAAGUCUAGACUCUAAAAAAUUAUACGCACCAGGCCAGGUUUAUUUUCUGUUUAUUAUCCAGACAUUUAUGUUUCCUUAAAUUAUAUUUAUGUUUACUAUAUAGAAACUCAAAAUUAAUCUACAUAUUAAGUGGUAUUUCUAACUUGUGAUUUGUUCAUGUUCAAAGUCGGGUUUUUUUUUAACCCAGAGUCUGUUUAUUAAAUUAAAGAAAUAGGUAAAAGAAAGAAAAAACACUCCAAUAACUCCCAUUUUGUUAUCGGGUUAGCAUUGGCAAUAGACUAGUAAAUGAAAUACAUAAUAUGUUUACAGUGUGGGGUUUGGUGUUACUCAGUGGUCAAUUGGCCUUAGUGGAUCCAUCAGCAUUUCCCCUAUCCCAAAUGGUGCCCUAUAGCUGGCAUGUCAAAGACCAUGGUAUGUGUUGUCCUAUCUAUAGGUAAGUAUAUAAAAAUCACUUGCUGCAAUUUGAUGCAACAGGUUUGUACUCUUAAUUAUACCAAAUGCCAUAGCUUAAAAAGUGAUAAAUAUUAUUUUCCUUUAUGUUGAAAGUUUGCAAGUUAGAAUUAUCAUAUAUAAUACCAACAAGGUCAUUGAUCAGUACUAAAAACAAAUAACAUUACAAGAUGGUACACUAUGCCAGUAUGUAAUGUCUUGCAAUCUCUGUAAGAAAAUAUUUUUAACAUUAUGACCAUACUAUGGGGUAAUAAAUUGUGAUCAUGCCAUUGCUCACUGCCAUUUUAUAUGACAUAUAUUUUAAUUGGUUUUAUUUUUA